UCCCGCGUGUGUCCCCCCCCCCACCCCACCCCCGGUGCUCUGGGGGGGCUGGGGGCUACCGGGGGGUCUUAUCUCCCUCUGGGUGAAACAUUAACUCCCCGCAAAACCCGCGCCAGUUGCAAAACCUCGCCUCAAGGACGAGGGUCACCCGCUGUCCCCCCUCUGCGUCCCCUCCCUGUGACCCCCAACUCCCACCCCGCCACCCCCCGGUGGGGAGGGGGCGCAGCAGCCGCGUUUCCCCCUCCCCAAAGCCCCCCCAAGCCCCCCCCGCCCUCCGGGGGUGUCCCCAGGCGCCACCGCCACCGCCACACGUGUCCCGUGCGGUGACCCUGGUGCCGCCUGUCGCUUUCCCCCACGCGGUGACAGCGGGGGCAGCCCGGAGAGACCCCCCCCCAACCCCGGGGGGGCUUCGGGGUGACCCCAACCCCGCGCUGUCCCCCAGCUUUAGGCGGGAUCCGGCCCCAUGAGCCCCCCCGCGCUCCUCCUGGCCGUGCUGGGGCUGCUCCUGCCGGGGGUCGCGGGGGCCGCGGGGACCCCGGCGCUGCUCCCGGAGGACGCGGCGCAGGAGCACGGCUACUACCUGCGGCAGCUCUUCGGGCAGUACGGGCACAACGGGACGCUGCCCUCCGAGGGGCUGGCGCGGCUGCUGGGCAGCCUGGGGCUGGGCAGGGUGCAGGUGGUCCAGAUCCAGCACGAGGAGCUGGGCCACGGCCACGUCAGCCACCUGGACCUGCUGGAGGUGCAGCAGGACAAGCACCGGCACCGGCACCCGCUGCGGGAGCACGGCCCCCGACGCGGCUCCGAGCACCGCCGGACCCCCCAGGUACCCCGGGGGUCUCCUCCCCGAGGGGAUGCCCCCCGACCCCGCGCUGGGCCGGGCUCAGCACGCCGAUUUCCCGCAGCCCCCCCGCCCUCGCAGACGCCGAGCUGGCCCCAGCCGGUGCCCGCCGAGCCCCCCGCGGCUGCGGGGGUCCCCCGGCAGCACCAGCCCACCCUCAGCCUGCUGGGGAGGGUGCUGGGCUUGGAGCACUCCAGCGACCACCCGCACCACGAUUGCCUGAACGUGAGCCAGCUGCUGGUGAAUUUCGGGCUGGACUCGGCGGCGCAGCUGACCCCGGAGCAGUUCACGCUGCUGUGCCCCGCGCUGCUCUACCAGAUCGACAGCCGCGUCUGCAUCCGGCACCGCGAUGAGGUGACGCUGCCCCCCCCGGGGGGCUCCCUGUGGCCAGCGCUGGGCUGGGCGCUGCUGGCCGUGCUCUCCGUGAGCCUCCCGUCCGCGCUGGCCGUGCUGCUGCUCCCGCUGCGGGCCCGCGGCUCCUUCCGCUCGCUCCUCGCCUUCCUGGUGGCCCUGGCCGUGGGGACGCUCUGCGGGGACGCCCUGCUGCACCUCUGGCCGCACGCGCAGGGGAGGCACCCGGAGGCUCCGGGGGAGCCGAGCCCCGCCGUGCUGCAGGGGCUGGCGGUGCUGGGGGGCAUCUACCUGCUCUUCGUGCUGGAGCUGCUCCUGGGGAUGCUGCGGCGCCGGCGGGAGGCCACGGGACGCCCCCAUGGAGAGACCCCCGCGGGGGUCCCGGCACCGUCACCGGCAGGGACCGAGCUGCGGCUCCUGACGGCGCCGGAGGCGGAGCCGGAGCUGAGACCCCCGGGGACCCCCCGGGAGCCCCCCCGGGGACCCCCCCACGGACACUCCCACGGCCCCGCGCUGCCCCCCGGGCCCGGCGCCGCCGACAUCGCGUGGAUGGUGGUGCUGGGGGACGGCGUGCACAACCUGACCGACGGGCUGGCCAUCGGAGCCGCCUUCUCUCACAGCCUCUCCAGCGGGCUCAGCACAGCGCUGGCCGUGCUCUGCCACGAGCUGCCCCACGAGCUUGGUGACGUGGCGGUGCUGCUGCGGGCGGGCACGGCCCCGCGCUCCCUCCUGCUCCUCAAUCUGCUCUCGGCGCUGCUCUCCGCCCUGGGGGCGGCGGCGGGGGUGGCCCUGGCUCACAGCGGGACCCCCCUCGCCCCCUGGCUCCUCACCGCCACCGCCGGCAUCUUCCUCUACGUGGCCCUGGCCGACAUGCUCCCCGAGGCGCUGCGCGGCUCCGGCGAGGGCACCUGGAGGCGCCUGGCGCUGCAGAACGCGGGGUUCCUGCUGGGCGCGGGCACCAUGCUGGGCAUCGCCCUGGCCGAGGGGCACCUCCGCUCCUGGCUGCAGCCCUGAGCCCCCCCGCGACCCCCGCCCCUCCCAGCCUCGGGCUUUGCCCCCUCCUCAAGAAACCGCGGGGCCGGGGCAGCCCCGGGGGAGGGGGCGUGGGGUCCCCUCGGUGCCCCCCGACCCUUCCCGGGGUCCCCUCGGUGCCCCCCGACCCCUCCCGGGGUCCCCUCGGUGCCCCCCGACCCUUCCCGGGGUCCCCUCGGUGCCCCCCGACCCCUCCCGGGGUCCCCUCGGUGCCCCCCGACCCCUCCCGGGGUCCCCUCUGUGCCCCCCGACCCCUCCCGGGGUCCCCUCGCUGCCCCCCGACCCAAAUCCGAGCCCCCCGGAGGAGCUGAGGAGGGGGAAGACCCCCGGGCGAGGAUUGAGCCAGAGCUGCAAUAAAAAAAAAACCAGGGUUUGGUCAAAGUUACAGGGGAGAA